AUGAAGGCCUGGUUGGUAACCGUUGCGGCUCUGGCCUCCACGGCCGUUGCCUCUCCAUCGUGUGAACGCCGCAGCUCUUCGUGCCGCUGCAUGCCUGGUGAUGACUGCUGGCCAGCUGCGUCCGCUUGGGCUUCGUUGAAUAACACCGUUGGUGGUCGUCUGAUCGCCACCGUCCCUAUUGGCAGCCCUUGCCACGAUCCCAAUUAUGAUGCUGCUGCUUGCACGGCUCUGCAGAACACUUGGACGGAGCCCCAGCCUCACCUGGCGUCCUCAUCCUCGGUGAUGCAGCUGUUCUUUGCCAACCAGACUUGCGACCCCUUCACUGCGGAGACCAAGGCUUGCACUCUGGGCAACUUCCCUGACUACUCCGUCAAUGUCUCGUCUAGCGCUGAUAUUGUGGCUGCUGUCAACUUUGCCCGUGAUAAUAACAUCCGCUUUGUGAUUAAGAACACUGGUCACGACUACCUGGGUCGCUCGACCGGUGCCGGUGCCCUCUCUGUCUGGACCCACCACUUGACUGAUAUUGAAUAUACCGAAUGGUCGGACUCUACCUACCAGGGUCCCGCCUUCAAGAUCGGCGCUGGUGUUCUGGGCUACCAGAUCCUUGAGGCUGCCACUGACAAGGGUCUUGUCGUCGUUACUGGUGAAUGCCCUACCGUCGGCCUUGCUGGUGGUUACACCCAAGGUGGUGGCCACUCUGCCCUGAGCACCGAGUUCGGUCUCGGUGCUGAUCAGACCCUGGAGUUUGAGGUUGUCACCGCCGCCGGUAAGGUGGUUACUGCUUCGCGCUCCCAAAAUUCCGAUCUGUUCUGGGCUCUCAGCGGUGGUGGUGCUGGCAACUACGGUGUUGUCGUGUCCAUGACCGUCCGGGCUCACCAGGAUGCCACUAUCGGCGGUGCUGCUCUCGAGUUCACUAUCGCCAACAUCACCACCGAUACCUUCUACGAGGCUGUCGCUCAGUUCCACCAGCUGCUGCCCGCUAUGGUUGAUCAGGGUGUGACCGUCAUCUACGAGAUGACCAACACCGUCUUCAUCAUCAACCCCGUCACUGCCUACAACAAGACCUCUGCCCAGGUUGAGGCUAUCCUGACCCCCUUCACCGACGCCCUCACCAAGCUUGGUAUCACCUACGUGUUGGGUCUGACCCAGUACACUUCGUACUAUGACCACUACAACAAGUACAUGGGUCCCCUGCCCUGGGGUAACCUGGCCGUUGCCACUUAUCAGUACGGUGGCCGUCUGAUUCCCCGCGACACCCUGGAGAACAACUACGAGGGCAUGGCCUCUGCCCUGCGCAACCUGACCGAGUCCGGCGUCAUCGCCGUCGGUGUCGGCAUGAACGUCACCAACCCCAGCAACGUCAGCAAUGCCGUCUUCCCUGCUCUCCGCAACGCCGCCGUGACCAUGCAGAUCGGUACCGCCUGGAACGAGACUGCUCCUUGGUCCGAGAUGGUCGCUGAUCAGUGGAAGAUCACUAAUGACUACGUUCCCCAGCUGGAGGCCGUCACCCCCAACAGCGGCUGCUACCAGAACGAGGGUAACUUCCGCCAGCUCAACUGGAAGGAUACCUUCUUCGGAAGCAACUACAGCCCUCUGCUCACCGUCAAGAACAAGUGGGAUCCCAACUACUUCUUCUACGCCCUCAAGGCCGUUGGCAGUGAUGCCUGGACUGUGGCCGACUCUGGCCGUAUGUGCCGUGCUUAA